CUCAUCGCAAAGGCUCAUCGGAGUCUUCGAACCACUACCUUUCGCUCUAGCUAUCUUAUCAGCGGAUGUCAACAUAAUCUCUCAUUUCCAUAGACAAUCACCAGGAGAAUUCAGCAUUGUAUUACGAGAUGUCCGAUCAUCAUCAUCACCACCAUGGCCAUGGCGGUUGCCACGACGAACAUGACCACUCUAACGAUAUCACCCCCGCCAUCCAGUCGCUACUCUAUUCCCAGGUCCAGUUCGACUCUAUCACAACUCUCAAUGAGGCCGCUCCCAAGUCCGGCGCCGCGAUCGUCGAGAAGACAUGGGCGGAGAGACUCAACGACGAGCCGGAGCUGGAAAGCGAUGCCGAUGAGCAGCUGUUGAUGUACAUUCCGUUCACCGGCCAAGUCAAAGUCCACUCCCUCCUCAUAUACACCGCGCCGACCCCCUCCGCUCCAAAAACCCUGAAACUGUUCAAGAACCGCGAUGAUCUAGAUUUCUCGACUGCGUCCGAGUUAUCGCCCACCCAGAAGAUCGAGAUCCCUCAACCUGUCGCCGGUGCCGACGUUUUCGAAAUACCCCUGAACCGUGCGCAUUGGAAUACCACCACCUCUAUCACCUUGUUCUUCGAGGACAACUGGAGCGAUGGCGAGGAAGACGUGACUAAGGUGGGUUACAUUGGCUUCAAGGGAACUUUUAUGGCGCUGAACCGCGAGCCCGUCAACUUCCUCUACGAAGCGGCGGCGAACCCGAACGACCAUGUCGCAAUCCAGGGCGUCAACGGAGUGGGCAGUAGGAUUCUAUGAGAACUCUGGGGUUCUUGUAGAUUGUGGUGAUAUGAAACAAAACGGAAGACCCGACGGCUUGACGUUAUCAUUCUGAACACUUACUACCGUCAUGAUGUUCCUGUCAGUGCGAUUAGUGCAGUGGACCUGUUCUCGUGCUUUCUCUGGUUAUGGAGCUGGACUCUACCCUUGCACUGAAUGCC